AUGAUAAAGCUGCUACACCGGGAACUGGAGGUAGGACCGACUCAACAACAACCUAGCUUAACAAAACAACAACAUUAAAGCAACUCCGGUCCGUCUUCGCUUUAUUUUUUGCCUCUUAACGUGUCCGAGUCUUUUGAGCAUCUUCUCUAAUUCUCGUGUUGUGUUUUUAUAGAGUUGUAUCAGUGGGAGGAGGUGUUAGGUUGGGCUACUGUAAGUUAACAGUUAAGUUAAGGCUGUUGGUGACGUGAAGUGGGAAAGUGGGAUUAAAGAAAGUGGACUUCACAACUGGAACACUCACAAAACAACAGUUCCAGCUAAAAUAGGAAGAGAGGAAGCCGAGCAGCCGCCGACGUGUUCAGUAAAAGCGCCGGGCGAGUGCUGAAGCGAAAGGAGAAGGUAGAAACACCAGCCCAGCGAUCUGCCUGCCCGCCUGCCUGAGAGUGCUGCGUCAUGGGGAAACAGAACAGCAAGCUGCGGCCCGAGGUCCUGAACGACCUGAGGGAGAACACAGAGUUCACCGACCACGAGCUCCAGGAGUGGUACCGCGGCUUCCUCAAGGACUGUCCCACUGGCCACCUGACCGUAGAGGAGUUCAAGAAGAUCUAUGCCAACUUUUUCCCCUACGGAGACGCCUCGAAGUUUGCCGAGCACGUCUUCCGCACGUUUGACACCAACGGCGAUGCCACCAUUGACUUCAGGGAGUUCAUCAUUGCCCUGAGCGUGACGUCUCGUGGCGGGUUGGAGCAGAAGCUGCGCUGGGCUUUCAGCAUGUAUGACCUGGAUGGGAAUGGGUACAUCAGUCGGGCAGAGAUGCUGGAGAUAGUUCAGGCAAUUUACAAGAUGGUAUCAUCAGUGAUGAAGAUGCCUGAGGAUGAAUCAACGCCAGAGAAGAGGACAGAUAAAAUCUUCAGACAGAUGGACAUUGACAAUGAUGGUAGACUGUCUUUGGAGGAGUUCAUUAAAGGUGCCAAGAGCGACCCGUCCAUUGUCAGACUGCUGCAGUCGGAUCAGGGAGCCUCUCGCCAGUUCUGAGGACAGAGACAAUAACAGACACACACUCUCUUCAACACAAUCACAAACCCACAUCCAUCCAGCUUCGUGCUGUUCACCUGAUAGAGGCUCGGUCAUCAUCACAGCCCCCCCUCACCAGACAAUCCUUUCAUUCUAACAACACUCCGUGUCUUAAUGUUUACAUUAAUGGAUACUCCUCCUUUGUCAAUGUGGCUCCUUUCUGUGGACUAUGACGUGCUUUCAGUUGAGGUAUUUUGUGUAUAUGCUUUUCCAAAGCUCUUUCGCUUUGAAAUGGUUUUUACCCGUUCUCCAUAAGUGAAGUGCCAUAUCAUAUAUUUAUACUGACUGGAUUAUAUGCUCGCAAGUAUUAUGAAUCCUGUUAUGUUACACCAAGAGGAAACUAAUUACAUCACUUCUUAUUAUUUGAUUCAACUUAACUGUGUUGAAAAGUGGCUUAUUGUUGUUCAGGAUAUCAGACUUGUGGCUUAAAGGGAUAGUUUGGAGUGGGCUUGUGCGCGGUACUCAUCCAUAGUCAGUGUAUUAUAUACAGUAGAUGGUGGUCAACACGCCCCGUUUGGAGCAGGCUGGAGUCCGACAAGGAAGCUAAGCAAUGUACAGCUGUGGAUAGGGUCAGCAAGUAAACAAAUUGUAGCCACCGUAGAAAAGUCCCACCAAAAAAAACAUUAAUAUCACUUUGAAGGAUAAGCAGUGGAAUGAGCUGCAAUGGUAGCACACAAGGCAAUUAAACUACUCUGAUUACUUUACUCUCUCCAGAACUCAGAUACGGCUUCCAGUGUUGUUUUCCUGUAACAAGCAUGGUAUCUUGUGAUUUUCCAGAAAGAGACUUCUGCUUAAGAAGGCAAAAACAAACAGACCGGAUCAAGUAAAAGGUAAAAAGACACUUACAAUAACAAUCUGAGCCACUGUCCAUUAAAAGGUCUCUUUGAUCAAUUUACAUGAGGAAAUAAGGUCCAGGUUGAAAAAUGCUUAAGUGAUCCUUUAGGUUUACACUACAUUAAAAUAGUUUUGCUGCUUUACCUCAGACAGCGAUAUCAGACAGGGAACUGAAGCCGUUACAUCGCUCUCUUCAACACCAGACUCCACUGACAAAAACAGUAAUUCUGGCUGGCUGAACACAGGAGCUGCUGGUCUACCACUGCCUCGAUCAGUUAGUUUGUGUUAUAAUAUGACCUUGGCGUUUAAAAGGGUUAGUUCAGAUUCACCAAAGCCACACAAUAACACAAACUAGCUAACUGAUCGAGGCAGAGGUAGACCAGCAGAAAGCGAAAUUUACUUUUUGUCAAUGGAGUCUGGUGGCUUUGACAAGAGCACAGAUGUGGAGCUGGAACCGGCUGUCUGAUGGCAAAGUAAAGAUGUGAAAAUACAGUGAUUUCAGACGAGGAACUGAGCUGUUAUCAGCACCAGACUCCACUGAGAAAAAUGGUUAUUUUGCCUCGCUGAACACUGUAGCUGAUGGUCUACUGCUGCCUACAUUAGUUAGUUAGUUUGCAUUAUUGUGGGACUUGUGUUGAAUCUGAUCAAACCCUCUUAAACGCCAAACUCACAAAAUAACACAAACUAACGAACUGAUACAGGCAGCAGUAGACCAGCAGCUACCGUGUAUAAAAAGCCAAAAUGACCCUUUUUGUCAAUGGAGUCUGGCUUUGGAGAGCACUAUAACAGCUUCAGUUCCCCGUAUGAAACUAUUAUACAUAUAGUGCACACUUAAACUUGUAUUGACUUUCUUUAGGUGGCUAUAAUACAUUUUACUGCUGCCCUCAUCCACAGCAGCACAUUGCUGAGCUUGCAUCUUCAAACUGGGGGGGCGUGUCGACUGGCAUCUGUACGCAUUACACUGACUA